AUGCAACCACAGCCCCUCCAUCCCAACCAACCCAACCAAGACACCAGCAACCACGACCCAUCCAGCCCCUCCAGUCCCUCCAGUCCCUCCAGCCCCUCCAGUCCCUCCAGCCCCUCCAGCCCAACCAAGACCACCAGCCCCUCCAGUCCCUCCAGCCCCUCCAGCCCAACCAAGACCACCAGCCCCUCCAGUCCCUCCAGCCCCUCCAGCCCCUCCAGCCCCUCCAGCCCCACCAGCAACCACAACCCAUCCAGCCCCUCCAGCCCAACCAAGACCACUAGCCCUACCAGCAAGCACAACCCAUUCAGCCCCACCAGCAACCGAACCCACCCAGCCCCUGCACCCACCCCACCCCCCAGCCCCCGGUAUGAGGGGUGGGGUGGGUUAAAUAGCAGUGCUAACUGCCACCCCUCAACUGCCACGCCUCAACUGCCACGCCUCAACUGCCACGCCUCAACUGCCACGCCUCAACUGCCACACCUCAACUGCCACUCUCAACUGCCACGCCUCAACUGCCACGCCUCAACUGCCACGCCUCAACUGCCACGCUCCUAA